AUGGUAUGUUAUUCGGGCUAUUUAUACACUCAACAUUCUAUAUCAGGUGAAAAACGUGUAUUUCGUUGUGAAGAUCGAAAUUGUAAAAGUCGAUGUCAUAUGAAUAUUCAGAUGGAAGUAUUUGUCAAAGAACCAUCGGAACAUAGCCAUGCACCUGAUCCAGAUCGUGUUCAUAUUAUUCAAUUAAAAAAUGAAAUUAAAACCCGUGGUUCAUCAUCAGAGGAAGCAACCAGCACCAUCUUAUUUGAUGCAUUACGUACUAUUCCAUUGAAUGCAGUUCCCGAUUUACCGUCAAAUAAAUCAUUAAUGCAAACAAUCCGUCGUAAACGACAACCAGUACAACUUGAUGAAAAUGGUCAAUUGCCAUUUGUAUUCCGAUUAACUGAUCGUGGAGAGAAUUUCGUCUUAUUUGAAGAUCCUUCGAUGCUGAUAUUCACGUGUGAUAAAAAUUUAUCAAUUUUAAAGAAAUGUAAACAUUGGUUUAUGGAUGGCACUUUUAGUAUAUGCCCAAAUAGCCAUUAUCAAUUAUUUACUGUUCAUGGCAUGUUUUCUCUUCAAAUUAUUCCUCUGGUAUACGUUCUACUUAUUGGCAAAGCUACUGAAGAUUACAAUGAUUUUUUCGAACAGUUGCUAUUGCUACAUGACUUUGAACCCGAAUCUAUUUUAGUAGAUUAUGAAAUUGCAACACUCAAGUCAAUUAGAAAAAAUUUUCCUGAUGCUCAACCAAUAGGAUGUCUAUUUCAUAUGAGCCAAUGCUUGUGGCGGGAGCUACGAACAUUAGGUUACCAGAAGAAAUACACCACCAAUGAUAAAUUUCGAAUGAACGUAAAGAAGCUUUUGGCACUCGCCUUUGUGCCUGUUUCGGAUGUGGUUAAAGGCUAUGCAUUAAUUGUUGAUGAUUUUGACGAUGAAGACAAUCCCUUACUUGAUUAUUUUGAACGAGUUUGGGUUGGAAAAAAGAAAGGUCGAGGUAUUCAACGGUAUCAACCAAAAUUCAGCUUACAGCUGUGGAAUAUGUACGAACGGGUUAUUCAAGAUUUACCAAGGUCUAAUAAUUCGAUAGAGGGGUGGCAUCACGCAUUCAACAGUCGAGUAUCAAUUAAACAUCCCUCGAUCGUCAAACUUACUAAAUGUAUUCUACGUGAACAAUCUCGAUUCGAAGUGGACAUUGAACGACUGCGUGCUGGUGCACCUCCAGAAAAAAGGAAAAAAGUAUAUGCAGAGCUAGAUGCACGUUUAAAAACAGUCACGUUAUCGUACAAUAUUGCUGAUAUUGAAGAUUAUUUAAAUCGAAUCGCAAUGAACUUGAAAAUAGGAGUUUAA